AUGCCUCCUCGCAGAAACAACAACAACAACAACACAAAUACCACCCCGACACCUAUCCUAACAUUUCAUAACCAACACCUACCAACCACCCUCCAACAGGCACCUUUUGAUCGGCGAAACAGACUCAGGCGUGCUGUGCCUUGGUAUAGACGCGGCGAGGAUGUCUGGCGCUCUCGACUGGAAACCACAAGUCACAUCGGGAUAUGUCUUGCCGCCAUUAUAACACUUAUUCACUUCCUUCGGCGACGCGAUGCAGAAUAG